UCCUAGGGUUACAGGAAGUUGUAGCAGCUGCCAUGUUUGGCUGCUUUGUUGUAGAUUUCUUGUAGGUUUCCUGCAGAUUUUUUUCUUAAGUGUUGCAAUGGAACCGAGCUGGAGCACAUUUUUAUUUCAGCAGGCCAAUGAAGCCCUUCAUCACCAGCACCAGGUGGCCCAGAACAGCCUGCUGCCUCUGCUCAACUCCGGCGCCGAGCCCGUGGACCAGAAGCCGGUGAUGCCCAUCCCGCUGGACCAGAAGCCGCCGGUGAGCCAGGCCACGGGCCAGGGUGGAGGAGGAGGAGGAGGAGGAGGAGGUGGAGGAGGAGGAGGGGGCAGCGGAGGAGGCCCCAUGGCGGUGGUGAAGAAGGAGCACAAGACCAAGACGCCGUUCGUGUGCAGCUACUGCAACAAGGCGUUCCGCGACAGCUACCACCUGCGCCGGCACGAGUCGUGCCACACGGGCAUCAAGAUGGUGUCGCGGCCCAAGAAGGCCCCGCAGUCGGCGCCCACCAUGGUGCCGCUCAUCUCCUCCAUGCAGCGCGACAACGCCGCCGGCAACCCCUCCUACAUCUCCACCAUCGCCGGCAUCCUCACCACGGCGACCACCUCCGCCUCCACCGCCUCCAGCGUCAUGUCCUCGGUCUCCAUGGGAGCCAUGCAGCAGCAGCAGCAGCAGCAGCAGCAGCAGCAGCCCAAGAAGCCGCCCAAGCCGGUGAAGAAGAACCACGGCUGCGAGAUGUGCGGCAAGGCCUUCCGCGACGUCUACCACCUCAACCGCCACAAGCUGUCGCACUCGGACGAGAAGCCCUUCGAGUGCCCCAUCUGCCACCAGCGCUUCAAGCGCAAGGACCGCAUGACCUACCACGUGCGCUCUCACGACGGAGGCGUGCACAAGCCCUACAUCUGCUCCGUGUGCGGGAAGGGCUUCUCCAGGCCUGACCAUCUCAGCUGUCAUGUCAAGCACGUCCAUUCCUCAGAGCGACCAUUCAAAUGCCAAGUCACGGCCUGCACCUCUGCCUUCGCCACCAAAGACCGCCUGCGCUCCCACAUGAUCCGGCACGAGGGCAAGGUCACCUGCAACAUCUGCGGCAAGAUGCUCAGCGCCGCCUACAUCACCAGCCACCUCAAGACGCACGGCCAGCAGACCAACUUCAACAACAACAACUGCAACAAAGAUAGUAGCGAUGUGUGCAACUCGUCCUCCAUCACCCACGUCACCUCGUCCACCCCCACCAUGAGUCGCGGCGGCAGCAACAGCAGCUCGGGCUCCUCCAACCCGGUCACCAUCGCCACGGCCAUGAGCCUGGGCACCAACACGGUCAACAUCACCUCGCCCAUGGGCCUGCAGCACCCGGUGACCAUCACCGGGCCGGUGAACAUCGCCUCGGUCAACAUCCCCACCACGGCGCACAUGAACAUCGCCCACCCCGUGGCCAUCACCACGCCCAUGGCCAUGAACAUCGCCGGGCCGCUCAACAUCGCCAUGCGGCCCAUGGAUAGCAUGCCUUUCCUCUCGCAAGUGCUCCCAUCCUCCCCACCCUGGUAGAGACCACAGCGACCGUUACAACCCCUUACAACCCCACACCCACCUUUUACCCCUUUUUCCCUCUUCACCAUUUGAUCCUUCUCCUCUCCUCCUCCUCCUCUUCUUCCUUCUCCUCCACCGCCUCCCUCUCCUCCUCCUCUCCUCUUCUCCUCCUCCACCACUGAGAGAAGUUGUUUACUCUAAAGGAGCAGCCUUGAAUGGCCCGACCCUGUCCUAGCUGCUGCCUCCUUUAGCAACCUUGCAUCAAACAAUAUACACAAGUUUUUUUUGUUUGUUUUUUGAUUGUUUUUGUUUUUUGUGCUUGUUGGAACUGAAGCAUUAGCUAGACUUUAGGUGUUCUCUUUCUCUCUCCCUCUCUGAAGGAGUGCUGGUUUGGCGUGGGGCGCGCAGCAUUAAUGUGAACGUUGGAGCUGAUGACGCACAAAGCCACAUUCAGACACGGAUCAGAACGCUCGGAACCAUCUCCUCAGACUUAACUGAUCACAGUGACGCCAUUUGGAGAAUUUUUCACAAAAAGGACAAAUGCAAUAAGUGCUGAUUUUUCUCUGAUUUGUUUUUGUUUCUUGAUUUGUUUGUUUGUUUGUUUGUUUGUUUAUUACGUUUUCUUCCACGUCAACUGGGCUGUGUCUUUAUGAGCCACUCGCCUGCUCAUCAGUAUUUAACGUUUUAAGGAAUUGAGUUCAAAAGGGACUAAAGCUUCCACUGUGAGGGAAGGGGUGAUACGUUUUUUUAUUAUUAUUAUUAUUAUUAUUAUUAAUUAUUUUUAUUUUUAUUGUGAUCAUGCUCAGUUUACCCCCCAGGGGAGAGGGUAUGCCUGUUUUCGGUUUGAGGUACAGCGGUUACCUCGAUGGAUGUCGAGACAGCGAUCAAAUCUGGCGUGGAUUUGACAGGGGCCAGAUCGUUCGCUUACUGUCUGUGUGUUGCAUAUGAUGUGCUCUUGGUUAUGUAGGCCAAUGCGUUCUCACUCCAAAACAAACCUUCACUGUCUUUAUUUUUUAGUUUAAAAUAUUGUGUUUGGGAUGAACACUAGGAAUGGACACAUUCUUUUACUUUCAUUUUAAACAAAGCUGGAGUGUGUUUUAUUAUUACCUAAUUAUGGACCCUGAAAUCAUGUACUAUUCAGAUCUACAGCAUGCGAGAGAGAGGAGUGAGUUUUGCACUGAAAGCAUAUCUCAUGUUGUUAAAAUAUAUAAAAUGAAGAAAGGAAGAAAAAAAAACAGCAGCAGUAUUAUCAAAGAUCAAAUUUUGGAGUGGUAGGAAUCCAGCCUAGAUCUUACAGCGCCACCUAGUGGUUGGCAAGUGACAACCUUAGCUCACAGAUUUUAUUUUGAUCUAUUAUCAUGUUGGUGACAGAGUGUAGAUCUUAGAAGUAUUUUAUACUCUUUUUUUUUUUAUACAUAUAUUUUCAUUUUUUUUUUUUUUUUUUUAAUUUGUUGUUUUUAAAGGACCCUGUAAGUGUGGGACAUUCUGCUCAGGUAUUUUGGGAGUAUGAAAGUAACCUAGAUUAUUAUUAUUAUUAUUAGGCCAUGUGUAACAUGUCAGUUGGUUCCUGGAUUUCCCCCCCUCCCCCAAGCAUUACUUAAAUAUCCAACCCCCAUUUUUGUUGAGGCUGACAAGCAGAAGUCCUUCACCAACCAGGGAUCCAAGAAUGCUCAUUACUUCUGUUGCCGUCCAUAUCUCUGGACUGAUGAGUCCUACGCCUUGGUUGCAGUCAUUACUUUGACGGUUUUUUUUUUUUUUUCCUUCUAACUUCACUUCAGAACCAAAUACUAGUGUGUGGGGAUGGCUCUCUCUGUCUUUAGAGGUAGCAGCCGUGUGUGUGUGUGUGUGUGCUUGUGUGUGUGCUUGUGUGUGUGUGUGUGCGUGCCCGCUUGUGUGUGUGUGUGUGUGUGUGUGUGUGUGUGUGUGUUUUCCCCAUCUCUGUAAUGGUAAGGAAUAAGAGGACACAUUAAACACUGCCGAGAGGGGCGAAACACUCGCCUGGCCUGCCUAUGUUUCGACUCAGGACGUUGCAAACUACACGUUGCUCCGAACACUCUCACCGCAGCAAACAAGGGACGGACCUCUCUCGAGGGCCGGGAGCGUCCGUCGUCCUUUUUGUCACUACGUGGGUGUCGAGCCCUGCAAAAUGUGAUUCUAGGUACACUGUGCAAGCCACUAGUGGCGCACGGGCAUGUUUAUGGAUAUAGUACUUUUUUUCUCUCUUCUAAUUAGUAUUAUUAAUUUGUGUUAUUAUUUAAUCGAUUCUCUUACAAUCCCUCCCAGACGGCUGCCGCCUCUGGGGCGGUUCUGCUCGAGGCCCGGCUCCGCGUCUGCGUUUGGGUCCCUGUACUAUGCGGAGUAGACCAACACAAGGACCCUUGAGGGAAGAUGCUCAUUUGGUGGAGUUGAGAAAGAAGAGUACUUCUGGUGUGGGGGACAGCAACAACACUAAUUAGUUCAGUCAAGUGUGCAAUGACUUGCCAAUGAAUUGUCCUGCUACAGUUGAUGUCAUUUGUCUAGGAGCAUCUUUUGACUGGUGGAAUGCAGUCACUCUGUCUUGCUCAGACCUGUUCAAUACAAGUGUAGUGCUCCUUUUUUUUUCCAAAUGUGAGGCAUUUGAUUUUGGUCUUGAACGAACAAAAGGAAAAAAAAGAUGCAUGUGGUUUUUUUUUUUCUGUUGUCUUUCUUUUUAAGAGAGAAUGUCCUAAAGCAAAAGUUUUUUAUUUUGUUUAUUUUUUUAACAAAAAGUCCUUUUAAAUCCUUUUAAAAUGGAUGCAUUACGAUGGCCUCCUCGUUUUUGCCAAAUUGCUGACAACUAUGAAAUGCAUUGAACUAAACAUUACAAUUGUGUGUGUUCUUAUUUUUAAAUGGAGAUGCUGAAUUGGAAACUCUUGGACCCCUGUGAAGGCAGUUGAAUGUAUAUCUUUGUACAAACAGUUUAGUUCUGAGGAUAUGGUAGUUACACUAGCAAAAGUGAGUGAAGAAGCAAGAUAACCUUUUAUAAAACUUUUUGUAUUAGAACAUUAACAAUGGUAAUUUUGUAUAUAUGAAAACUAGGCUUUCUGGGUAGCAGAAAGGUAAAACAUUCCUACAUUUUUUUUAAAUGUAUGUUUGUCAGAAAUAAUUAUGUAAACAUGCGCAACGUUUUAUGUGCCUUUUAUUUGGGUUGUCUAAAUAAAAGAAAACUAUAAAACAUGA